UUGCUGCUGUCAAGCCAAGAGGAGGGAAGUGAGAACAGACCUUGCUGAGCGGAUGAUUUGCUGCUCCGGAGGCCCACUCUUUCCCUUCCCCCUCAUUUCUCUUUCUACUGCCACAUUCCCAGCCUUGGAGAGCUUUGGAUUUUUUUCCCCAUUUGGAAAAUGUUAUCUCUGGUCCCCAACGGAAGACAUGGGAACUUCCUCUCGGUCCCAAUCCCAACCGAUGCAGCAGCUUCCCAAUCAGAUGACACGGGUUGCCCCAGCAGCCAGUCAGUAUCACCAGUGAAGACUCCUCCUGAUACUGGACACAGUCCAGUCAGUUUUUGUACUGGCAGUGAUGGAGACCACACAAGAAAGAAAUUUAAUUCAGGAACAAUGGGGGACGGAAUGCAACAGUCGGCUCGACAUAAGAAGGAAACAAAGACCAGCCUCGCCAAGCCGGGAAGCGAAGCUGAUUUUAGCUCGUCAAGCAGCACGGGCAGCAUUUCAGCCCCUGAAGUCCAUAUGUCCGUGGCUGGGAGCAAAAGGUCAUCAUUUUCUCGGAAUCGGGGGCCUCACGGACGGAACAGCGGAUCUUUGUCCUAUAAGACUGGCUCUAGUCCUCCAACAUCCAGCGAGAAGGACUUCCUGUCGAUGCUGUGCAAAAACCAGUUGAGUCCUGUUAGCACCCAUCAGAAUUAUGGGGCUUCCUCAGCCAGCAGCAGCAAUUCAGGUUCAUUCAAGGGAAGUGAUAGCCCCAUUAUGAGGCGGCCUGCGCGAUACACCUCUUGUGGAGAGAACCAUGGCGUUAAACCACCGAGUCCGGAGCAGUAUCUGACUCCCUUGCAGCAAAAGGAAGUGACAGUGAGGCAUCUGAAGACAAAAUUGAAGGAAUCUGAGAGCAAACUUCAAGAAAGAGAGACAGAAAUCAAGGAACUGAAAUCUCAGCUGGCCCGCAUGCGAGAAGAUUGGAUUGAAGAAGAGUGUCAUCGUGUGGAAGCACAGCUUGCCUUGAAAGAAGCAAGGAAAGAAAUCAAGCAGCUCAAGCAGGUCAUCGAAACCAUGAAGAACAGCUUGGCUGAGAAAGACAAAGGGAUUCAGAAGUAUUUUGUGGAUAUCAACAUCCAGAAUAAGAAACUGGAAUCCUUACUCCAAAGUAUGGAAAUAGCACAGAACGGUUCUUUCAGUGAGGAUCGGAGUCUAACUUAUGAGUGUGCAUCACCUGAUAAGUCCUUGGCUACGAGUACAACCUAUUCCAAAAUGGCAGACAGUCUACUUGUGGAGGACCAGUCUAUGGAGGAUCUGGCAGAUAGUGGUGUGCUUCUUAGUGAUGAUGUGGCUAAUGGGAAUGACAUAUUUGAGGAGACAACAGUUGCUACCACACCUGAACUUGGGCAUCCGGCUGUCUUUCCAUCCUCGACUUUAAACCACCUGGAUCAUGUGUCAAACUUAACAAACUCCACAGAAGAGGAUGACAAUGGCAACCGCAAUGUGGCAAUGGAACAGGCAGUUCAGGCAGACGUAUUGUUGUACAGCUCAGGCUUGGAACAGCUGAUUCAGAACCUGUUCAAGGCCCAAGAUGGUCAUCCCAUCAGCCCAUCUCCAGCUUUAAGAGAAUCAGAUGGAUCUUGUCCUGAAAGCUUCACAGACUCACUUGUAGACUUGACUCCAUGUGAUCCAAAUUCUGCAAUCCUUUUGUCUCCCAUGGAGUCAGUGCACGAUGCCAUGGAUUCUAGGUAUUAUGAGAACCGGGUCAUGAAGGAACUGGACUUCACAGAUUGUCCGACUGAAAUGUUUGGGAAUGUCAUGCAGUUGUCUGAGGGAAAGGUCAUGAAGAGAUACUGGAGCAGCCACUUCCUGGUUGACCUUAUGGCUGUUGCUGCCCCCAUUGUGCCGACAGCAAUAUGGAUGCUCAGUACUCAAAAAGGAGGAAUUAAUCCAGUCUACAACAUUGGAGCAUUGCUUCGUGGCUGCUGUCUGGUAGCUCUGCAUUCCCUUCGUCGUAUACCCAUCAACCUCCGCCCCUAGGUGUAAUUUUCUUCUACAAUACGCAAAAGGUUGAGUUCUGACAGGUGUAGCGAGGUCAGGAGAAAGCUUGUGUCUGUAAUGGUGGGUCUGGUCUUAUUUUUGCUCCGGAAGGUUUGAUUUGCACUAUAUUUAGUUGAAAACAUGUUCAUUGUUGGAAACUGAAGAGGAAAAAAAUAUUGGUGGCAUGACGACUCGUUUCCACUGUGUAAACACAAGUGCAUUUUAGAAAGCAUGCUCAGCACUUCUCGUUCUGUCGUUAGGUGUAUGGGUUGUGAUACCAAAUGUUUUCAGAUGUGAAAGGGGAAAAGGUUCAUUCUCGCAAAGGCAGCUUACAUAGUCUUGGCAUGUAUUGUCUGUCCGUGCUUCUUGAUGCGCUUUAAUUAUGUAAUCACCCCCGCAUUCCACUGCUCCAAUCCUGUGUACAAGGGGACCGUAACCAAAAAUGUUGAAAAAAAAUGCAUUAUUGUAGAUUGAUGGGAGUCUUGAAUCUUGUUAUGUUUUUUUAUAUAAACAUGGUUGUGAAUAUAUUUGAUGAAGUAUGUUUUAAGUCUUAAAUGAAGUCUUACUCGGAAUGUAAUGAUGUCACUCAAGUUGUGCGAAGGAUAUUUCAAGUGUAUGACGUAGUAACUUAUUUUCUUGUUAAAUAUUCUUUUAUGGGGGGGGGAACGUUUAUAACUACAUUAUAAGUAAAGCAUGUCGAAACUGA